AUGACAUCUCCGCAGCAAACGAACAAAAAACAGCGAAAGUCCAUCACGUUGGAAACAAAACUGGACGUACUGAAAUGUUUGUCAGGUGGACAAUCUAUUGCCGCUGUCAGCAGAACGUUCCAGUUGAGCGAAUCGACAGUACGUACUAUAAAAAAAAGCGAGGAGACUAUCAAGAGAGCUGUGGUGGGCAGUGCAGAUUACACCGCCAAGCGUUCUUCGUACAUUCGAGACCCAAUAAUGAACAAAAUGGAAAAAGCGUUGCUUAUAUAUAUAGAAGACAUGUCGCAGAAGCGUUGUCCCUUGGACCAAGGAACCAUCAUGGCUAAAGCUUUGCGGCUUUAUGGGAAAUUUCAGGAAGAAGAGCCGUCGAGCUUCUCUGAAAAGAAACUGGAGUUUUCCGCUAGCAAAGGUUGGUUCUACAGGUUCAUUCGGAAGCACUCGAUAAGGAAUGUGCAGAUUAAAGGCGAAAGUGUUUCAGCAGACUUCAAGGCAGCCAAAUCAUAUCCAGCCGAGUUUAAACAGUUGAUCGAAGAUGGUAAGUACCACCCCGAUCAGGUGUUUAAUGCGGAUGAAACUGGAGUGUUUUGGAAAAAAAUGCCGAGUAGGACCUAUGUGACAAAGGCGGAAAAGUCGGCAUCUGGCUUCAAGGUUGCUAAAGACCGGAUUACAUUGCUUUUUUGUAGCAAUGCCUCAGGAGAUCGAAUGCUGAAACCACUGCUUUUGCAUAAAUCUGUACGUCCAAGAUCCAUGAAGUGUUUAAACUUCAAUGAUCUACCAGUACAUUGGAUGUCGAAUGCAAAAGCCUGUGUAACGCAGGAGAUUUUCAGGAGAUGGCUAGAAGAAUACUUUGUGCCGGAAGUCAAACCUUAUCUUGCUAAAAAAGGACUGGUGUUUCGAGUGCUUCUCGUAAUUGACAACGCUCCUGGGCAUCUGCGCGUCGAGCACCCGAAUGUGCAAAUUGUAUUCCUUCCACCGAAUACAACAUCUUUAUUCCAGCCGCUCGAUCAGGGCAUUAUCGCCACGUUCAAGAGGCAUUAUAUUAAAACUACCUUCCGCUACAUCUUGGAUGAAAUCGAUACAGGCAAUGCAUCGACCAUAAUAGAAGCGUGGAAGUAUUUUACAAUGCGUGAAUGCGUAGAAUCCAUUGAAGUUGCAGUGAAACUGUUGAAGAGGUCAACGUUAAAUGCCUGCUGGAAGCCAUUGUGGCCUGACUGUGUACAUUCUUCGAUGCCAGCAGGUAACGAAGAGGGCGAAAUACUUCUUCUAGCCCAUGCUGUUUGCGGUGAAGGAUUCGAUGAUUUUUCCACAGCAGAUAUUGCGGAAAUGUUAAGGGAACCAUUUUUCGAGGAUGAAGAUUUACUGGAUUAUGUGAAUAAUUCAGCAAAUAUUGAUCAUGACGAGGAAACGGAAUUCACCGAGAGCAAGAUUAAGGAAGGUUUGCAACUUGGUGAAACGCUUGCUGAUUUUUUUGUGACAAACGAUCCUUGUAUCGAGCGAGCCAUCUCCUUCCGUAACGAUCUAAGGCACUGUUUACUACGAUACACCGAGCUGGUAAAAUACGAGAAGAAAACUACCGAAAAUGCACAGCUAAACGGCGAGGAACCACAACCUGUCGAUAGCCCGUUGAAACGCCGACGAUGUGGUGUUAUCUACGAUAGCGAUUAA